AUGGUUUUAGGUGAAUUGCUUGGCGACGAACAUGAUCCAGUUUAUGUAGAUGCUUAUAAUCGCUCCAUAUCGAACCCCAGCGAGUUUUGGGGUGAACUUGGGCGCCUAAUCGAUUGGUAUAAGCCAUGGGAGCGGGUUAUGGAUAACAGCAAUCCCCCAUUCACGAAAUGGUAUUGCGGUGGUUAUUUGAAUGCCUGUUACAAUGCUGUGGAUCGGCAUGUACUCAAUGGUAAUGGCAACAAAGUUGCGCUCAUAUACGACAGUCCGCUAACGAACACAGUGCGUCACGUUACCUACCAGCAGCUCUAUGAUCAGGUCACAGUUUUUGCCGGUGGUAUAGCGAGCUUAGGACUUCAAAAAGGCGAUCGUGUAGUUAUCUAUAUGCCUUUGAUACCAGAGGCAAUUGUCGCCAUGUUGGCCACUGUGCGCCUGGGUGCUGUACACUCCGUUGUAUUCGGUGGCUUUGCCGCCAGCGAACUCUGUACACGUAUCGAGCAUGCGGAACCAAAGUUUAUAAUAUCGGCCAAUUGUGGUGUCGAGCCCGGUAAGGUGGUGCCCUAUUUGGAUAUACUACAUGAUGCUGUGAAAAUGUCAAAUUGGAAACCGAUUUGCAAUAUAAUUUAUAUACGCGAAAAUAUAUUGCGUAGCACCAAUUUAGAUUGGAAAACAGAUAUGCUCUGGGAAACGGUUAUGCAUUUGGGUGCACCAGCCGAAUGUGUGCCCGUCGAAGCUAAUGAUCCGCUUUACAUACUCUACACAUCCGGCACAACAGAUAGACCAAAAGGUGUGCAACGUCCAACAGGUGGACACUUGGUAUCGUUGAUCUAUACGAUUCAGAAAAUUUAUGGCAUCAAACCAAGCGAUGUGUGGUGGGCGGCAUCGGACUUGGGUUGGGUGGUCGGACACUCGUACAUUUGUUAUGGUCCACUGUCAUUGGGUGCGACAAGUGUGAUGUAUGAGGGUAAACCAGAUCGUACACCCGAUCCAGGACAGUACUUUAGAAUAAUCGAACAACAUCGCGUGAAUGCACUCUUUUCGGUUCCUACUGCUUUUCGCGUCAUACGUCGCGCUGAUCCGGAAGUAAAAUGUGGACGAAAACAUUCACUUAAAUCUCUGCGUUGCAUAUUCAUUGCUGGCGAGCAUUGUGAUAUAGAAACAAAGAGCUGGAUGGAACGCAUUUUUAAGGUGCCGAUAUUGAAUCAUUGGUGGCAAACAGAGUCGGGUUCACCAGUUACCGCGACUAGUCUCGGUUUCGGACACAGCCUCAACCCGCCAAGGUACACAACCGGAUUGCCUUUUGCUGGCUAUAACAUAAAGGUAUUGAAGCCAAAUGGCGAUGAAUGUGAGACUGCGAAAUUGGGACGCAUCGCAUUGAAGUUGCCGCUGCCACCCGGAUUCAUGUCCAGCCUUUACAAAACCGAAGAACUCUUUAAGAAGACAUACUUCCAAAAAUAUCCGGGCUACUACGACACAAUGGACGCGGGCUAUAAGGAUGAAAACGAUUAUGUGUAUGUGACGGCACGCGACGAUGAUGUCAUCAAUGUGGCUGGUCAUCGCAUUUCCACAUCCAGCUUGGAAGAUGCUGUUCUCAGACAUCCCGAUGUGGUUGAUGCCGCCGUGUUUGGUGUGCCUGAAGCGACUAAGGGACAGGUGCCGCUUUGUCUUUACAUACCCAAGGAGGAUAGCCGGUUAAACGAUGCGAAAUUAUCCACCGAACUCAUUAAAAUUAUACGUGAUGUUGUUGGUCCGAUCGCUGCUUUCCGUUUGGUGGCGCCAGUUGAGGCAUUACCACGUACACGGUCCGGGAAGACGAUGCGUAAAGCUAUGGCGGAUUUUGCGAAAAAUGAAUUAGUCUUGCUACCGUCUACGAUUGAAGAUCCGACUGUUUUUGGUGGAUUGAGACGUGCUUUACAAACUUUAGGCUAUGCUAUGAAUGCACCGGAUCCAGCUUUGGCUGUUAAGAAUAAGGAAAAUUAAAAAAUAAUAAUAAUAGAAAAGAGAGGACUUAAUAUUUUACUUAUGUAUGUACAUAUACAUGUACGUUAUAUAAUCUUAAAUGAUCUUUAUUUGUGAGUUGCGUAAUUAACUAA